AAAAACUAGUUCACAUUAUUUCCGUUACUCCCACACUCAAAAUAUUUUUAUAGGAGCAACAUUCAAUCUUUUGCUUCAAAAAUAACUGGACAUAAAUACAUUUAACGAUCUUUUCCAAAACAAUUACGUAAGAAUUUUUUUCCACAUGAACUCAACACUGUCAUGGCGUAAUGGCUACCGACAUUUUCCUCGCCCAGAACUUUUCAAAGAUGUCACAUUUCGUUACCCAUGCUGAUAUUGUUGAUUCUGGGGGGCUUUUUGACAUUCGAUCCAGACCAGUGAAUUCGAUAUAAUGAAAAAAGCACCCACGCUGCUACGGAAGUUCAGGCUCUAGACACCAAAGGGUGCCAAUGAAUUCCUGGUAUUUAAACCAAAGGUCAACAAAAUCUGCACGCAAAUUUUUGUUGUCAUCAAUUGAUGCUUCAAAUUUCAACUCCGAAAUAAUUUUAGAUUAGAAGAAUGCCAGUCUACAGUAAACUGUAUAUAUUAGUGAUAAUUCUAAAAGCGUCUAUGGCUCAAGAAGUCCAGGAACGAACAUUUGAUCUUCACAAUUCACGAAGCAUUGGACUAGAAGAAAUAGUUCUGUUUUUAAUUGGUUUAGGCUUAGCGUCUUCCAUAGCUAUGUCGAUCGUGAUGGGACCUAUCUUCGCCAUUUUCUAUUCGUCUAUUAAUGGUCUUCCAUUUGGUGGUAUCAAUGGCGGAAAUCAAAUUCCCACGGUUCAAAAUGGUUCUAGAAAAAUCGGAAACUUCACGAAUUUCGAAAGUUAUCUUAGAAAGAAACUGCAAGUUGGGCUUAAACUGCUCGAUGAAGCUCUUAAGAAAUACAGUAAUAAUAGUUGACCUUAACUUUUAAGA